GAAGGCAUCCAUGUUCAGUGUACACGAUACGAGACCUACCCGUGCGUUAAGAAACAUGUUGUCGCUUGGCGAGAAGCGUGUGAGAUUCGAGCGCAUGCACUGGACAGUUGAGAAAUGCGUGCUUAGAUGUGCACCUCAGCUGAGGUAUAUCCAGUUAAUUCGAGCCACCGUUCACAGACUGGCGAGAACGUGGAAUAAAUGAUGCGGGUUAUUGGACAAGAUGCAGAGGAGGGAGGUGCGGGAAAGGCUGUGAAGGACGAGGCUGCGUGGGUUGCAUUGCGAGGAUUGUGUUCUCAACCAACCUGGGAAAGGCUAAACAGCACCAGGGGC